AAUUCCGACACAGUUGAUUUCCCAUUUAACAUAAGCGUCAGCUAAAACAUCCACAUCACACUCCUUAAUAGCAAACUAAUCAUAUUUAGCUUUACUCUGUUGAAAGGGGAGCGAUUUAUCAAAGAUAAUUUUUCUUAUUUAGAAUGGAACAGAGAGAGACACUUAUUUACAAUGCAAAACUUUCGGAGCAAUGUGAUAGAUACGAUGAGAUGGCAAAAAUCAUGAAGGAGGUGUCUGAAAAAUAUCCAAAACUCAGCAAAGAAGAAAGAAACUUGUUAUCCGUUUCUUACAAGAACAUUGUGGGCCAAAGACGGUCUUCCUGGAGAGUCAUUUCAAGCAUCGAGGAAAAGACCGCCGAGUCAAGUUCCCUUGCGAUCGUCAAGAAAUACAAGGCCUGUAUUGAGAAGGAACUAAAAGACUUGUGCAAGGAAGUGUUGGGUAUACUAGAGCGCUUGAUUCCUGGCGCAGAGGACGAAGAGAAUAAGGUGUUUUACUUCAAAUUGAAAGGGGAUUAUUAUCGAUAUUUAGCUGAGUUUUCUCAUGGGCAGGAGCAUAAAGAAGAGGCCGAAAAUGGCAACAAGGCUUACAAGGAAGGCACAGAGCUCGCAGUGAAGUCUAUGUCGCCUACUGAUCCUAUUCGUCUGGGACUGCAUCUCAACCACUCGGUGUUUUACAAAGAGAUCCUUGAUGAUUCAGACGCUGCAGUAGGUCUUGCCAAAAAGGCUUUAGAAGAGGCGAUGGACGAGUUGGAUAAGCUUGGGGAAGAUGCCUACAAAGACAGCACUCUCAUCAUGCAGCUACUAAAGGAUAACUUGAGUUUAUGGAAAACAGAGGUCGAUGACAAUGAAGAAGAUGGCCCCAAACACUAGAAAUACUAGCCUUGUUUUACUUUCUCAAUAAGUUCAAUGUUGCUGCAAUAUUUGCCAAAACUGUUGGAUUUAGCCUAGGUGUCAGAAGAUAUAAUUUAAUUCGAGAAUACCAAGUAAUCCCUUUCUAGGAUAAACGUAAGGGAAUGUCACUUGGCUUGAUCUCCCUAUAUGUUCUUCCCCUAAUGCCUAGAUCUGUCAAACUUCUGAAUCAUUUAAUUACAGAGAAGGUCCAUACAGUUACCUUCCCUCGGUAAAAACCCUUGUGAAAAACCUCAGGAGGGGAGGGGGGGGAUGGAUCUCUUCUGGUAUCACUUCAAUUUAAUAUGUGCAAAUUCUUAUUUAAUAAAGGCAAGUUUACUUUCAAUCAAAUA